AUGGCGGACAAUCGCAAACUCUUCUUCUUCGAUAUAGAUAAUUGCUCCCAUCUGUCGUUGUCACGAGAGGAUGCCAACGAACUGCAUACGCGGUACUACAAAGACUAUGGGCUUGCCAUCGAGGGCCUUGUACGCCAUCACAAGGUCGACGCCCUCGAGUACAACGAAAAGGUUGAUGAUGCGCUGCCACUUGAAGACAUCAUGUCACCCGAUCCAAAGCUGCGUAAACUACUCGAAGACCUUGAUACGUCAAAAGUGAAGCCUUGGCUCUUCACGAAUGCCUACAUCAACCACGGUCGACGAGUUGUGAAGCUCUUGGGUGUAGAGGAUAUGUUCGAAGGCAUCACCUAUUGCGAUUACUCGGCUGCCAGGUUCCUUUGCAAACCAUCACCUGACAUGUUUAAGAAAGCCAUGGCUGAGGCUGGUGUAACAGUUGCUGAAGAUUGUUACUUUGUCGCCGGUGCGACCAAGAUGGGUUGGACUGCUGCCCACCUGGUAGAGCCAGGAGUGACUGCACCCACGUCACAGGUCUCCAAAUACCAGAUCAGCAAUCUUCAAGAACUCAAGAGCAUCUUCCCUCAGUUCUUCAAGUCGACUUCAUAG